AGGAGGCAGGAAAAACUGAAUAGACGAACCAUAUCGAAUAAUUUCCAGAGAGCCUGUCGUCCGACAUAAAAAAUGCCAUCCUACGUCAUCAUCGGCGCCUCUCGAGGUAUUGGAUACCAAUACCUUCAAACCCUCUCCCGCAACCCCUCCAACAUCAUUAUCGGCACCGCGCGCACGCCAUCCUCCGUCCAGGCCAAAGUAACCGCGGAUGCCCUUCCCAACGUCCACAUCCUCCAAGGCGACCUAACCGACGCGGCUUCGCUCUCCGCCGCGGCUACGAAAGCUGCAGAAAUUACUGGCGGUGCAGUAGACUACCUAAUUAUCAACGGCGCCUACCUCUCAGAAUCAACUGUAUUCCUCGCUCCUACAGACUUCAUCGGAAAGGAGAAAUACUUCCAAGAUGAAUUCACCACAAGUAUGAAUACGAAUGUUGCGGGCGCGUUGUACGCUAUCAACACCUUUUUACCGCUGGUGAAGAAAUCUAGCAUCAAGAAAGUCACGGUGAUAUCUUCGGGCAUGGGCGAUCUGGAUCUAAUUGUCGAAUCCGAGGUCGCCGAAUCAGUUCCCUACGCCAUCAGCAAAGCGGCCGUGAACAUCCUCGUCGCUAAAUACGCCGUCGAGCUAAAGGAUAAAGGGGUUGUUUUCUUAGCCUUGUCGCCUGGCGUCGUUCAGACUUCGGCGUUGAAUGCGGAUAGUAAGUUUAAAUACGCCCCACAUUUCGAGGGCCCGAUAAGCCCCGAAACAAGCGUAGAUUUACAGUUGAAGGUUAUUGAGGGGAUGACACUGAAGGAUUCGGGGGCUUUCUUAAGUCAUCUAGGGACGAAGAAGUGGUUGUGA